CUGCGCUCGGCCGUCCAAAGACCGGGAAACCUGCCUUUAUUCCUCCAUAAUGCCGCGCCUCGUUCAGCGAAACGUGCCUCCCCCCAUCCUCUCCAUUCCGAGCGAGCUCACCGUCAAUAUCCUGUCACGGAUCAUGCGCGACCCGCACUGGGCGCACUCCGACUACCAAUUGCAGACGUUCAUGCUCACAUGCAAGGCGUGGGCGGCGCUCGUACGUGAUACACCUGCGAUGUGGUGCACGAUAUUCUCCGCCUCCUCCCCCUCCCGCGCGUUCCUGCGGGCGCACAUCGAGCGCUCGGCGCAGCUUCCUCUUCACGUGCGCAUUGGGGACUUCGACAGCCCGUUCGAUCUAUCGCCCAUCCUCAGCGUCGCGGAGCGCGUGCAGAGCCUGGAGCUAGAGGGCCCGAGUAGGGAUAUGAACGUCCUGGUGGAAGAGAUAUGUGCGCCAGAGAACCAUGGCCGGUUUGGUGCACUGCGGAUGUUGCGGCUGGAGUGUCGUGUGUAUGAGGCACCACCCGAUGUUUCGGCCCGUCCUGCACGAAUUCCUGAUGCAUUCGUUGUCCGUCUGGGAUGUCUGCGCUCACUCCGUUUGCGACGCAUCUUUGUAUGUCCAGUGGGCUUGUCGGAGCUACAAGAGCUGCAUCUCGAUCGUGCCUCGUACCCGAGAUGGUCGUUUGCGUCUCUCUUGGACGUUUUGCGAGCUUGUCCUGAUCUCACGUCCCUUUUGCUCUUCGCCACACUCGACAAUCGAGCAACCGCCCGACUGUCUGCAGACCGCGACUCUGGGUCCGUACCACUAUCGAAACUUGCCAAGCUUAUGAUUUACGAAGCGUGCGACCAAUGUGCUGGCCUUCUGACCUUACUCCGGAUCCCUCUGAAGACCCGCUUACAACUGCACCCAGUACUAUUGAGAACUGCUUCACAAGCCGAAGCGGUUCUCAAGCCCAUACGCGACCACAUCAUCACAAGCGUCAAUGAACAGCGCCCGGAAAUGUUAAUGAUCACUACCCUGAAUGAGUCCCGCUUCCACAAGUGUUCCUUCUCGCUCAUAUCUCCAAAAUUUUCCCUGACAAGCGGGAGGGAGUCGAGUCCUGACUCUCCUGUGUUUGCGAUAGAUGGAUACGGAGAGUCUGCAGGCCAGAUGCACGAGGUGUCUCAGGCGGUCCUCAAUGCCAUUCCCCUAGUCACCGUCUCUGAGCUCGAAGCACGGGCAGCUGAUCUGCCUCCCAUGGUCUGGGACUCCAUCGUCUCUGCCCUCCCGGCUCUGAAGAUCGUCAGACUCGCAGCAGACGAUACCGGCGCUGGCGUGUGCGCAGCAUUGCGGAGCUGUCUUCCUCAAAUGGGCGUCAGGGAGAUCCAAGUGUGCGUCCCGCUCGACCUGGAGCCUUACGUCGUGCGGCGCCCCUGGAACGGCCCGACGAGUUGGGUCCAAGCCUUGACGGGCCUCCUUACAGCAUGCCGAGACAACGGGAGUUGUCUGGCUUGCCUGAAGCUUGAUGCAGUCACUCUGAAUGGCUUGGCGGAGAGCGAGCGGGGCGAGCUGAAGGAGCUCGUGGGUGAGUUUGGGGAGCUGGUGCUCGUCGAUGAGACUUGAUGCCCGUCAGGUGGCCUGUCUUGGCCCGAAUAAUACAUUAUCGUUGUAUGUACCGUCUUGAUACUUGGUUGUGCCUGUCUUGAAUCCCAUGUGUACCGUUUAUAAAGCAGAAGUCAUAGUAUCGUAUACAUUUUCAGCCCUUGCAGCGGUUCAUAGUCAUAGCUUCCAUUCUGCCUCAACGCGCGCGCAAGUCCCGCAGGCGACUCACCACAUCACCCAUCCCACCCAUAGAAUCGUCACCCGACAACGGUGCGCCGCCUCCAGAUACAUUCCACUCCCCGCUCCACCCCGCUUCCCGCCGGUACGUUCCCGAGAGCGGGCUGAGCCCUUCACGCGGACCCUUCCCCGCAGCACCCGCGUGCGACACAGCGUCCGAAUCCAAGUCGUCCGAAUCCGAGUCUGAGUCCGAAUCCGAGUCCGUAGUCAUGGUGGGAUCCGCAGGUGUGCGUAGAAUGGCGAGUGGCAAGAUGGGCCGCCGAGCCGGGAUUGAGGGAGGGCUCGGUGCUGGUGCAGGACGCUCGUGGGCGUCCGGGUCUGGCGUCCGGACGCGAGGCACUGUAGCUACGCGAUGCGACGAGGGAGAACUGCUGACGGAGAGCGGGGGAAGCGACGAGUUGGUGGACGAGCUCGACACGGUGCCCCAUCCCUGCUGCACUGCGGCGACUGCAGCAGUAUACGGCGGCCCUCUCGGCACGGACGCGCCUGCGGCCUGCCUGGCCAGAACGUAGUGCGGCGCCUUCCUCGGCGCCGCCGACGCAGAUGCAUAUCGGUGCCCCACAUCAGAGACACCCUGCGAGCUUCGAGUUCCCGGAACAGCCCACUCAGCGGGCGGCGUCGACGGCCCGCGCAUCUGGUGACCCUCCUCAUGCGACAUCCCGGCGGUGACUGAUCCCUUCCCAGAGCUGCCAGAGACUGAUUCCGUCGCGUGGUGCCGGCGCGGGACGUCCAGCCCCCGCACGGUGCUGACGUUGUGCACGGGAUCCAGCGCCCCGAGCAUAGACGACACGAUAGCUGCCGAUGGAGCCUGGUGGCGGGGCCCCUCUUGGUGCGUGGCGCGGGAGCCAGGGCGCUGGGACGGAGUGUCCUCCACGCGCAGCUUCUUGUCGUGGCUUUUCAGGAAGCGAUUGAGUCGACUCGCAGUGGGUGCCGCUGUGUCUUGCUUUCCUAGCAUGGGCGACUCACUGAUCCCCCGGGUAUGGCCCCUGCUUCUACGAUUCCCUGUUCCGUGUGCUGCGCGUCCUGUGCCGCCGUCCGCCCCAGAUCCCGUUAUGGCCUUGGGGGUGGAGGACCACCGGGAGAACAUGAUAACCCCGUGCUGCCGUUGAGAGCGGUGGAUUGAAGUGGGAUGGGGUGAAGACGCGUGGGAGAACCGCUACGGGCGCCAUGGAAGAACAAUCGUUGGAUGAAGGGAUGAUGAUCAGGAGAGCACAAGCUAUGUCUAAAACGGCGUGUGAAACCCCGCAAAUUCCCGUGAUGGAUGAUCGCAUGACAAUAGAGAAGGUUUGGUGCUUGUACAUAGGUAGUCGCUGUCUUAUCAUGCUAUUUGUCUCUUCGUGAACGGAUAUCAAGAACCGCA